AUGACCAACUACAACGGCUUAUUCGGACUCCAAGAACAAGACUACGAAGAUGGAAAUCACACGUACCUCACCCAAGCCUUUCUAACUCCUUCUCAAUCCAUCCCAGGCGUUCCCGCCAGAUAUGCCGAGGAACAAAGCCAAGGUCGCGCUUUAUACGUCGGCGGCGCACCUAAAGGAUGGCAAAACGAGAUAGUUCGGAGUAUAUUCGGAUUAUGGGGACGCGUAGAGAAGCUACCAGUAUUGAUCAGUCUGAGCGCGGAGGAGACGUUUCGAUGGAUUGUGAUGGCAAAUGAGGGUGAGGCCGCGACCGCAAUGGAACAGCUGCAUGGCAGAAAGCAUGCAAAUGGGUAUUUGAGCGUCAGCAUGAGUUUACCACCAGGACGAACACUCACUCUAGUUAAGAAAGAGUUGCUGGCUGAGCUACCAGACUUCAACGAGUAUGGAGACCCUGAAAAGACUCCUGUACCGCAAUUACAUCACGGCCAUCCACCUGUUCGCGAUACCAGCGAUGAAAAGACUCCUACCAAUAACCACCCGACUUUCGAAUUCACUGUUGAAGAUGAGGACUCUGGAGAGUUUUACGACGAUGAUAUUCGCUCCCCUGAAAUCCCACCGCCUAGCGAGUGCUCACCACUCAGCACCCCAGCCAAGGACGAACCAAAGGACGGAUUCGUUACCCAGGCUUCGUCAUGGGCCAACAUCGCAGGCACCGAUCCGAAUAUCACCUUUAUUGACUUGAAGCCCACACGCAGAAGGGAAGGUCCUCGCCUCAAGUCUGUCGGUCGUAUUCCCCAAGUUGUCAGAACAGUCAACCAGAAUGUGGCACGUCUAGUAUUCCUGUUCAACCUUCCCAGCACAAUCACUGCGACCGACAUCACAAAUGCCAUUAAGGAAGGCCCACUCGUCAAGAUGCAAUUCGGAUUCGAUGCUGACACAAAGGCGCGCUACUGUGGUGUCAUUUUCCAAAACCCUCGUGAUGCUGCGGACUUUGAAGCUGUUCUAGACAAGGAGAAGAAGGAUAGCAAGCCUGAUCGUUUUCGCUUCAUCGUGGAGCAUGCUAGAGCUGAGCAAUAUGGCCUCGAAGAUACACUGAGAGCUAUGGGUCCUCCAAUGUGGGCAACUCGACGUUUGACGAUCGUCAAGGGCGGGUUCUUCUUCAUGUUUGGCGAGAGACAGAUGAGAGAUAUUUGCGAGAAGUUGGUUGGAGAGGACUGUGUCCAGCUCAUCUGGCUAUACAACGGCGGCAAUGCAACAGUGGUCUUUACGGAUGUGUCGGCUGCUAUCAAGGUGAAGAAGGAAUUUGAUAGACGAGCUGCACGAGCGCAUUCGGGCGAAGAGGGUACCAGUGCUGUUUGGGAAGGAGUGCAGACUACAUUCUCAAAGGAUCCAUGUGUAGCCCCUCUGGAGCUCAAGACCAAGUUGUAA